UAUUAGCUUUCUUCUGCUCAAAAGUUGGUUGAGCCAACCUCCUCUUUUGUUUUCUUCUUCCUCAAGACAAAAUCACCUGAGUUGUUCUUUUUUUUCAUAUACUCACUCUUGCAAUGAAAAAACAGCCAAGAGCGAACGAUGUCGAUCAGCAGCAGCAGAACCUCAACCCUGAGAACCCUCAUCAAGCUUCUCGAUUCUUCGGUCAGAGCUGUUACUCUGCUCUGUCGCGUUUCUUUAGUCUCCGAUGUCUCAUUGUUUUGGUCGUAAGCUUAGCGAUUCUUCUUCCUACGAUCUUCUGCCUAUUCCCCAGUCGAUCUCAUACACUAGCUCCGCCCAUGUCUCAACCCCAUGCUAAUGAUACAAUGAACUACAAUGCUGCUUCAGUACAAGCUUCCUUCAAACUUCGAAAACCAGUUUCUGAGGUUAUCUCCCAAAAAGGAAGACUAGAGGAUGAUAUCUUUCGGAGCAUACCUCUUUCGAACGACACCAAGGUGACUGUUCUGUCUCUGCGUCAGUCAUGUUCAUGUAAGUAUACAGAUGUGGAGUUUGCAGUUGUACCUGUCUCUGCUGGCUACGAAAUAAGCACACAGUCGUUAAAUUCACUCCGAUCGUCUUUUGUUAACCUGUUUGAACAAAGAUCGAAGCUGAACCUGACCACAACAUGUUUUGGGAAGCCACAUUCUUUUCAGGUUUUGAAAUUUCCUGGGGGAAUCUCUGUAGAUCCCAGUGGAUCUAUCCCUGUACCUUCCAUUGGAUAUGUAGGGAAUCUUCUCAAUUUUACACUCAAUAUACCAAUGUCCGAGAUACUACGAGAUAGCCGCCAUGCUCGAAAUCUAAGUGGUAAACUUGCGGUUACGUUGUGUUUGGAGCCACAGGAGAGUAUUUAUUUCCGACUCACCAAUAUACAUGGAUCUACAUUAUCUCCACCGGUACUUGUUCAGGUUUAUCUUGUCAUAACCAUAAGAGUCAACCUUCAGCAGAGAUUGGACCAUUUUGCACACAUCAUUCAAACAAUCAGUCAAACAUCUAGUAGUGCUAACAAUCUCGGUCUAGACAACACAGUUUUUGGUGAAGUCAAACGUAUUACUAUCUCAACAAACCUGGAAGGCGAAAUUCUUGAUCCUGCGUCAGUGAUGGCACCAACACCAACUCCAGCUUAAUACCCUUCUCUGUGUUGAAGUCUUUAAAUGAAGCUUUCUUACCGAAAUUGCCAAAGCAGUUUCUCUUUUAAUCUUGAUUCUUCU